CAAUAAAUAAUCUAUUUUGGUCUUUAUUCAAAUAAAUAUCAACUAAUGUUUUCACAUGGUAAUGUGAACGACUGAAAUGUGUUGAAUAUGAGGAGCUCAUUAGCAUUACCAAAUGGCAACACCAUUAGAAUUGAUUGGGGUUUUAUCAUUAUACAACCAUAAUUGUUUAGUAGGCAAAUUAAGGGUAACUUAGACGGAAAAGAGCGAACUUGAUAAGUAAUUACUGAAACCAAGUAACAAGUGAAUCGUCUAGAAAUUAUUGCUAUCGGUAAUUGGUUAAAUAAUAAGAAUUGUGAAACUACAUUGUAUUGAAUAACCAUUCACUAAUUUCUCCACGAGACAGUUGAUUCUUAAUGUUGAAUAGUUUUCAUGAAAAUAGGUUGUUUUUCACAUGCAAAAGCCGAUAACACUAUUGAUGUGAAAGACGUUUUCAAUGGAUUAGGAAGAUUGUUGCAUCUUAAUUUGGAUUAUGGCGAUAACAUAUAUACUGUCUUCAAGGAUGAAGACUUCUGUGUAAAUUAUUGUUCAUUCUCGCUGAAACGAUGAAACGCUCCAAGUUUACAUUUAUCCAGAUAUUUUGUUGUGUUAACCUAAUAUCACUAGUUGGGUCAACGGAAAAUAACACCAAUUUAGCCGAUCUCUAUAAUAUCUGUCAAAGUGAUAGCAAUCGCUACCAGGUAUGUUAUUCAUAUUCCUCGUUGAAUGAUGAAGAUUGCUUGAAAUCUCUCGACUGUGACUAUUUAGUGGUCGCUAAAGGAUCAAGAGUACCAACUAGCUUUAUGGCAGCAAAUAAAACACCAUAUGAAAAUAGCCAAGAACAGCAAUUAACGAUAAAAACGUAUAUCCUUCAAUCAGCUGCGUCAACUCAAGACUUUUGGUUAACCGAUGGUAAAACAGCUUAUCUGUACCGUUGUGAAGUCACUGACAGCAAAUCUAGUUCUUUGGUUGAAAACAAUCCAAUUAGAAGAUGGAAAUCUAUUAAAAAAGCUUAUCUGGUUCCUCAAAUUCAGGAUGGUUCAGCAAUUAUGGGUUGUUCAUGGUUAAUCUCACAAUAUAAUACAGAUUGGCCGUUGAAUGAAAAUGGUAAGCCUGUUGAUUUAAUAAACAAUCCGUACUCUUUGGUAUUUGGAUCGAUAGAUGGAGUUUACAGCAAUAAACAUGCUGACAAAAGUUUGAUACCAAUUUAUCAAUUACAAUAUUUGUAUGAAGAGUGUAAACAAAAAACCAAAAUUUGUUAUGGUUCCAAUGAUUGUGUCAAAAGUGCUUCUUGCUCUGAACUACUUAUUAUAACCGCGCGAGAAUAUGACGCGAUUUACAUCGAUUUCAUGUUCCUAAUUCUGGUACCUCAAGAGCAAACAUCUUAUGUUAUUGAUAUAAAACCAUUGCCAAGGAUAUUGAAGGAUGGUAAUGGACAGAAUGAAACUUUGCUUAACCGGCUAAUUUUACGAACCUAUUGUGAUCAGAAUAUUUGCCGGCAUAAGGCUGUUUUCCAUGAUUUUUUGGAGAUUGUGUUGGAUGAAAAUGUACUGACUUACAGCUCAAGUCAUGUCACUGGGUCUGUACGGAAAUUUAUCUGGUCUUUGCCAAUGAUUUUCGAGUUGAAUGGUACAUUAUUCAACUGUAAGGAUACCAUGUAUAAAGUUGCCAUUAAAUCGUCUGAUGGUUUGGUCCUGGCUGAAUCAAAGUCAUCGGGACUUCCAGGUUACUCCUUGAGAGAAGAUGUUUUCAAAGAAUGUACAAUGAUUAAACUUUCAAGUGAUGAAAGAGGUAGUUCAGCUGUUUGUUAUGGUUUCAAUAAAAACGAUCCAACCUCAGGAUGCUUGAAAUGUUCAUCUUGUUCCGUUGUAGCGAUCCUUAAGCCUUUGCUGACAACGAUUUCCAAUGAAAAUGCAGUUGAACGAGAAGAACUCGAAUUACAAUUGUAUGCUCAAGAAGAUACAUCAUCUUUCGGUUUAUUUUUUGAUUACAAUCCAGAUCUCGAGUUAUCCUUUGGCUAUCAGUGUUUAAAUGGUGAGAAAGAUGGACGCGAUGAUCAGUCAGUAACUGAAUCAACAACGGCAGAUGAAAGCUAUGGUCAGGUGGUGAAUCAAAAUGGUUUGGUUGCUUAUGGAUCCGUGUUUUGUAAAUUUAUUAUCUCUGAGGAUCUUGGUACCUGGCCUUUGAUGAAAAAUGGAGAAAUGGUUGAUCUGAUUAAAGAGCCGAUAUCAGUAAAGCUCACAUGGAAUCAUUAUCAAAAAAUAGUUGAUCCAGAUGGAUCACAUAAUCCAAUCUUUCGUUUUAGAUAUCUAUAUGAGUCGUGUUUACGCAAAAGUUCAAAUGUCUUGUGUAUUGGGUUUGAUGGCUGUCUUGAUUACCGAAAUUGUACCAAUUUAGUUGUCAUAAGCUACAGAAACAGUUCCAAUUUAAAAUCAUUAUCGCUAUCAUCCACCACCAAUAAUGUAACAAAGCCAUUCCAGGAUGAAAGGUUGUAUGGAUCUCAUGGUCUCCUAGAUUGGGCUGUUUAUGCUGCUGAUGAUAGUGACUCGUUUGUCGUCUCAUUUUCGGGUGACAAUGUGUACGGUGAUGACUAUGCCAUUUUGUGUACUCCGUCAGGCUUUUCUGAACACUAUAUCUGGGAAACAGGAAAACUCAAAUCAAUUCAGGAAACUGUGAUUCACAAUACAAAGCGCCAAGAAAGAUUGAACACAUCUGGCUUUCGGUGUUUCUGGACCAUGCCCGGAAGAUUUUCCGUUUUCUUCUCUAAUUUUCAGUUUGACGUGACCACCGAUAAUGUGCAUAUGAAUUUGACAUUUCAAAAAAACAGACAACGUCAACAUGCGGUCAAAGUUAUCACUACAUUACCUGGUUACAAAAGCAAAAACAAUGGAUCAAGCCGGAUGCAACACCAACUGCUACCUCUAAUUGUCACCUUUUUGGUCUUCCUCUUGUCCUAACACGUCAAGAUCAAUAUUUAUUUUUUACAAUUAAACAGUUUUUUUGUACCAAAUUUUUAGCCAAAUAUUUUUUGAUUGGUGUUUCAUGGAGAACGGUCAAUGAUCUUUUCACAACGUUGAUGGUUACUAUUGUUACGCUAAUCAUUCUAAGCCAAUAUUGUCAACCUGAUAAUUGCUUCCCCUCGAUAAACACAUCAAAUUAGGUUAUGCCUUAAAUUUUGUUUGACUUUAACACUUUAACAACCUGUUAUUUAUUCAUGUUUACAUUAAUGUUACCGCAAAAAUGAAGAUCCCAUUUGGCAAGUGAACAAAAUACAUUUAUAUGAGUUGUUAAUUCUCACUCUUUUGAAUGAAAAAAAUCCUGAUCAUUUAAAAUUCAAAUUAUUCCGAAAAGCGUA